AGUUCUGUCAGUAGGUAUGUCAGUUUAAUCACUACUUUUUUUUGUAAUACUUGUGUUUCAUUUUGUGUUGUAUUUUUUUACAUUUUUUACUGUUGGAAUGCAUUCGAUUAAAAAAAAUGGUAAAGCGGACGUCAACGACCAUAGAUGUAAUCACAUCAAGUUACAAGAUAAAUCCGUAAUCCAGGUAUUUGGCAAAAAUCAAAUAAGGAAACUAAUUAUACCUAGUCGCGAACCCAUUAAGACACCCGGGAUAUGGCCAAGCACGGAAUUCAAAAGGUUACAGAAAGCAGCCUAUGUACUUACUCAGAAGGACAAACUUGCCAUGAUAGAGGAAGCGCAGCAAAGGAAACUUCAGAUACAAACCGAUUGCGAAAGGCGUAAAGAAUCGUUAAAAAAAUCGCAGCUAGAGCAAAGAGCGAAACCGGAUUCGAAAUUGGCUAAGGAAGAAGGAGCGGCUGCAGAAAAAAACCAGUACGUCCUGCAACGUGCGUAUGAAUUACGGCAAGAACAGGAGGACGAGGUGAAGAACGCGUCCAGUAUGAUUCUAGCCGCUAAGUGUUUGGCCGUCAGGCAACAGCAACUUGUCGAAAAAGAUUUGAUGAAGAGAGAGCUGGACGAAGAGGAACGUCGCCUUGAUAGUAUGAUGGAGCAGGAACGCCAAAAGAAGCUGAAAGAGGAGGAAGAACGGAAACGAUACCGCAGGGAACUGGGUCAACGGAACGCGCAAGCUAUCUCCCAGCAAAUCUCCGAAAACCAGGUGCAGAAAUUACUGGAGGAGGAACGCAAAGAAGAAGAAUGUCGGAACAUAAAUAAGGCCAUGAUCAGGAUGCAGCAAGACGACGCAGAGAAGAUACGGCAGACGCAUUUGGCGCAAAAGAAAAUACGAGAGGACCUGGCCGAAUCGAACGCCAAGAUCGAGCACUUCAAAAUAGUUCAAAAAGAAGAGGAACGCAUCGCGAAUUUGCGUAUAGAGGAGUUCACGCGCAAGAAAGCCGAAGCUCAGGCCGCCCGCGAUGCGGAGCUGGCCGAAAUUAAGGCGGCCAAAGAGCGCGAAAUUGCUCGUCUGCGAGACGCCCAACUGAAGGCGCAACAGGCCCAGGCCGCGGACGAUGAAGUUCAAGCUCUUCGCCGGCAGGAGGAGUACGAACGUCAAUGGAGGGAGAAACAAAAGGCAGAGGCUCGGAGAAAGAAAGAGAUGGAUGACGCGCUUAAGAAGGCUCGUGCAAUCCAAAUGGAAGACCUCCGAAAGCUUCAAGCGAUAGAGAUUCAAAAAGAGGAAGAGGAGUUUCACAAAGUUGCGCGCGUGCAGCAGGAAUUGUUCGAAAAGGACUUGCAACAGAAGAGGGAGAAGAAAGAGGCUGCGAUUCGUCAUCGCAAAGAACUUCUGAUGCAAAUUAACGAAAAGGAAAAAGAGAAGAUACUGCAAAUUAAGCAAAAGUUCCAAGAGGGAGAUACCUUGAGAAUGGAACAGGAGGUUCGAAAUAUCAACAUACAAAACGUUAUUAAACGGAAAGUUCAAAAGAUGAGGGAAAAUAAUGUACCGGAAAAUUUCGUUUCCGAUAUUGAGCGUCAAUUGAAAGUCAAGUAGGACCGUUUAUCUAGAUUUAUUAGUAUUUGUCAAUAUUUGCA